CUCGAUGAAGCUGACGAACUGGAGGAUUGAAUGAGUAAAGAGAGGAAAAACCACCUUCAUCUUCGGACACAAGAUGGAAAGACAGAGCAGAGACAGUGAUAAUUGGAGGUGGUUGUGUUGGUGUGAGUCUGGCUUAUCAUCUGGCCAAAGCUGGGAUGAAAGAUGUGGUCCUACUGGAGAAGUCAGAACUGACCGCUGGAUCUACCUGGCAUGCAGCUUUUGGGCACGUGAAGUCGGUAAGAUGAUCGGACUAGACCAUCCUCUCAUUCCGGUUCAGCAUCAGUAUGUUGUUACAUCGACAAUACCUGAAGUGAAAGCUUUGAAACGAGAACUUCCUGUGCUUCGUGACCUGGAAGGAUCUUAUUACCUCCGGCAGGAAAGGGAUGGACUUUUGUUUGGCCCGUAUGAAAGCCAGGAGAAAAUGAAAGUUCAGGACUCCUGGGUCAACAAUGGAGUCCCUCCAGGUUUUGGAAAGGAACUCUUUGAGUCUGAUCUAGACCGAAUCAUGGAACAUGUUGAAGCUGCUAUGGAAAUGGUUCCAGUCUUGAAAAAAGCUGACAUCAUCAAUAUCGUCAAUGGUCCCAUCACCUAUUCUCCUGACAUUCUACCUAUGGUAGGGCCCCAUCAGGGGGUCAGAAACUACUGGGUGGCUAUAGGCUUUGGAUAUGGCAUAAUCCAUGCUGGUGGAGUAGGGAAAUAUCUUAGUGACUGGAUCUUGCACGGUGAGCCUCCUUUUGAUCUGAUAGAAUUGGAUCCCAAUCGCUAUGGCAAGUGGACAACAACCCAGUACACUGAGGCCAAAGCAAGAGAGUCGUAUGGAUUCAACAAUAUUGUUGGUUAUCCUAAAGAAGAACGGUUUGCUGGGAGGCCAACUCAGCGAGUCAGUGGGCUUUAUAAAACCCUGGCGUCUAAGUGUUCCAUGGGGUUCCAUGCAGGCUGGGAGCAGCCCCACUGGUUCUAUAGACCAGGCCAGGAUUCUCAAUACAGACCAAGUUUCCGCCGCACAAACUGGUUUGAGCCUGUGGGUUCUGAGUAUAAACAGGUUAUGCAAAAAGUAGGGGUGAUUGACCUGUCACCCUUUGGCAAGUUUCACAUCAAAGGUCAAGACUCCAUUAGAUUGUUGGACCAUCUCUUUGCAAAUGUCAUUCCAAAGGUGGGUUUUACAAAUAUAAGUCACAUGUUAACACAAAAUGGUCGUGUAUAUGCUGAGUUAACUGUUUCUCAUCAGUCUCCUGGGGAGUUUCUAUUAAUUACUGGUUCUGGAUCAGAACUUCAUGAUCUUAGAUGGAUUGAAGAAGAGACAGCCAAAGGCGGAUACAACGUUGAAAUCAAAAAUGUAACCGAUGAGAUUGGGGUCCUUGGAGUUGCAGGGCCAUAUGCAAGAAAGGUCCUGCAGAAACUGACCUCUGAAGAUCUUAGUGAUGAUGUUUUCAAGUUUCUUCAAACUAAGUCUUUAAAGGUUUCCAACAUUCCUGUCACUGCUAUUAGGAUAUCUUAUACGGGUGAGCUGGGUUGGGAGCUGUACCACAGACGAGAAGAUUCCAUGGCUCUUUAUGAUGCUAUCAUGAAUGCAGGCCAGGAGGAGGGAAUUGACAAUUUUGGAACAUAUGCCAUGAAUGCCUUAAGACUGGAGAAGGCUUUCAGAUCCUGGGGGUCAGAGAUGAACUGUGAUACAAAUCCCUUGGAAGCUGGUCUGGAAUAUUUUGUAAAGCUUAAUAAGCCAGCAGACUUCAUAGGAAAGCAAGCACUGAAACAGAUUAAAGCCAAGGGGCUGAAACGGAGACUGGUCUGCCUCACCUUGGCAACGGACGAUGUUGAUCCAGAGGGAAAUGAAAGCAUCUGGUGUGAUGGCAAGGUGGUUGGCAACACCACAUCUGGAUGCUAUAGUUACAGCAUCCAAAAGAGUCUGGCUUUUGCGUAUGUUCCAGUGGAGCUGAGUAAAGUGGGACAACAAGUGGAAGUUGAGCUAUUAGGCAAAAAUUACCCUGCAGUCAUCAUACAAGAACCAUUGGUAUUGACAGAACCAACCAGGAACCGGCUUCAGAAGAAAGGCGGAAAGAACAAAAUUUGAAAAAGAUCUUCAGCAGUCAUGAUUGUAAUUGGUUUCUGGAGGAAGAAGCAAAAUCAAGAAUUCACCUUAAAAUCUAGACUUAGAGUCAAACUUUUCUCUCAAUUGCUUUUUAAACAAGAUAAAUGAUGGAGAAGUGAUUUACAUUGUCAUUUCAAAAGAAGGAAUUUGAAAUGAAAUGUUUGUAUUACCCUAUAUUAUUGUUCAUGAAAUUCAAUCAGGAGAAUGUGCAAUCAUUAUAACUGAAUUAGAGGACACUAUAUAAUUUUAAGAACAUAUGUAUGGUUCUUAUUAGCUAAAAACAAAUUAAUA